CUUUGUGCAGAAAUAUGGCAUUCAACCUAUCCAACAACAGUUAAGGUUGAGAAGUCGACAGCGGCUACAGAAGCCAAGAGGCAUUCCAGCUGUCCAGCAGCUCUUGAGGAUGGCAAGACACAGCAGCAACAGCCACAUACCUUUCCUGUCUGUGACUAUGAGACCGAAAUACUAUCUGGUGGAGAAGUACAUCAUCAGGUCCACAUAGGCAAGCCACCAUGUCAAUGCCACUUGUGCCCCGAAACCUUCCAACAUAGUUCCAGUCUCAAGACGCACCUGCGCACCCACACAGGCGAGCUGCCAUAUCAGUGCCCUUCGUGCAAUAAGAGCUUCCUGUCAAAAUGCGGUCUUACACAACACCAACGGGUUCACACAGGCGAGCGACCAUAUAAAUGUCACUUUUGCCCUAAAACCUUCACGAAGCGUAACAUUCUAACAGGUCACUUGCGCGUGCACACUGGUGAACGUCCAUUCCAGUGUUCCUUCUGCUCGCAAAACUUCUCGCAACACUCCACCCUGUCAGCUCAUAUACGCAUUCACACAGGCGAGCGGCCAUACCGUUGCACUGUCUGCUCCAAGACUUUUGUGCAAAGCAAUAACUUGACAACACACAUGAAAUCACAACACAGUAAAUAACCAGCCACAUAUGUGUAAGUUGAUCUUGUGUACGUAUUUCUAAACUUCACAUGUACACAUUAUGCUCCGUGUAUUUUAAAAUAGUAAAUCAUAUGUUGAUAGUCUGCGCUCGUGUUUGUUACGUUCAUUGUCCCAUCCUCAUUCAGUUUACCCAAAGUUCAAAUGGGCUUUAUUUUAUAUAGUGUUCUGUUUUAUUCAAAUGACAUUUUAACAGCAAAGCUGUUUAAGCUAGCUGUAAUUUGUGCAGCCUAUCAGAAAACUAUUAUCAUGAAUGGGUGUGUGCCACAAAAAUUGGACAAAUCCCACUACUACUCACCACUGGUCCACUAAAAAUUGAGAUGGCUAUCAUCACGGCUAUGUGCCACAGAAAUUGGGCAAAUCCCACUACUCACCACUGGUUCACUAAGAGAGAGAGAGAGAGAAAGCUACAGAAAGAAAGAGAUAGAUAAAAAUAGAGAGAAAUAAUGGGAAUAAAGACAAAAAAUAGAAAGAGAGAGAAAGAGAUUGAAAAGAAAAUAGAUCAAGACAGAAAUGAAGAGAUAAAGAAAGGGGUGUUCUAUGAGAGGUGCAAACGCUCGGUUUGGAGUUUCAACAUUCGGGGCAUGAUUGACCUAGCUAAAGCAUAGCAACAUCCUAGAAACAACCAGAUUAAACCUCACAAUUGUCCGGUUUCACUAUU